AUGGGCAGAAACAAUAUCAAGUUCGCCUCCAGAAGGGAGGUCGACAUCCCGUAUAGUAAGCUUGCAGGAGUGAACUUGGAUUACGUGCUACAAGAUUUAUUAGUGGAUAUAAACAACGCCCCCGAUGAUCCAGGAUUCAACGAAUGUCAGGCCCAACUCCACGCUCAUAUUAAGGCGUAUGAAAAACAGGUACGAACCAACAAGUUCUUCCACAAUGACGUGUUUGCGUCGAGGUCUCAUCAUGAUAGUUUUUUCAAGACUUUGGAGAUGGUAUAUUCGAAAAAACGGAUUUUGGUAUCCAUAGACAUUGAAGCGUACGAGUUUCUGCACGAUAUCGUCACAGAAAUUGGGCUUUCUAUUUAUGAUCCUCGCUCCCAUUAUUGUGAAAAUGGGUUUCAAGGACUGGGGAAAAUUAAAAAAGUCCAUAUUAUCAUCAAAGAAAACAUGAAGUAUAGAAACGGCCAGUACGUCCGAGAUAAUCAAGAUAACUUUUUGGGAGGCCCAAGUUACAUCUUAUCGAUCAGAGAGGCUGCCAUGGUGAUGCAAUUAUUAGUGAAUUAUUAUUUCCCUGAGGAUCUUGAGUUUACAAAAUGUGGAGCGUUCGGGGUAUCAUUAGUGGGACAUGAUGUGGGAGGGGACAUUAAAUGGUUAAUGUCUUUAGGGGUGAGGUUCCCAAAAUAUAUUACCGAACACAAUGGAUCACCUAAUAAUCACUUUAUUUUGGACACCCAGAAGCUUUGGAAAUAUACCUUUGGUGAUAGAUACAGUUCUUUAUGGAAGAUUUUGAAUUUCUUUGAGGUUCCUAAUGGCUACUUACACAAUGGGGGCAAUGACGCGUUGUUUACAUUAAUUUUGUUGAUGGUGAUCACCGACCCUGCCAUUCGAAGCUACAAGAACUUUGAUAAAAUGAACCAAUAUUUCCUUCCAGACGAUGUGGCGUUUUGUCUUAAUAAUAACAAGACACCGAAGCCAAACCCCAGCGUGACUUCUUCUUAUACCAGCAAUGCUAUCCAUGUGUAUUCAAAUGAAGAAUAUGCUAAAACUCUUGCUAGGUACGUAGAUAUCUCGAUUGUGUCUGCUACUAAUAUUAAGGAAAAUAUCAAGAUUGAUAGCGUGGGGAAAACUAUUAAGGCCAUAUUCGAAGAUUAUUGA